UUCCGGGUAUAUGAAAACAAACAUACGGCAGAGGCGUUGGUGUCAUUCUCGCCACGCUUGUCGCCUCCAGUCACGAAGCCGCAGCCUCCAUCAUGUUAAAAUCUUGUUUUGUUUACGCAUCCGGGUUCCUUUCCUUUGUUAUUCUCAUUGUGGGUAUUUCACUGGCGUUGUCGAACGUAUUUCCACAUGUAGUGCAGUCAGAGGCGGAAAGGGAAAUAGUGUUGCAAAAUGGCACUGUGGCGUUUGAUGCAUGGGAGGAUCCACCGGCACCCAUCUACAUGCAGUUUUAUUUCUUCAAUCUGACCAAUCCACUGGAGGUUUUGGAUGGGGACAGGCCUGCAGUGGUGGAGAUUGGACCGUACACUUACAGGGAGUACCGUCCUAUGGAAGAAGUAAGCUUUAACGACAACGGCACCAAAGUAGCAGCCGUCAACACUAAAACGUACAUAUUCCAGCUGAACAUGUCACGAGGUCCAGAGAGUGACCUCAUCAGGACCGUUAACAUCCCUGCCAUGACGGUGAUGAAGAGGUUCAAGGAUCAUUCUUUCCUCGCCAAUCUGAUCUCCAGUUACAUGAGGGACAAGAAAGAGGGCUUGUUCACCACUCACACCGUGGGAGAGCUCCUGUGGGGAUACCAAGACGCGCUACUCCAAGCUUUGCAUGUGUUUCAACCAGAUGUGGAUCCUGUGUUUGGACUCUUCUCAAAGAGCAAUGCUUCCGAUGACGGACAGUAUGUCUUCUCCACCGGCCUGCAGAACUACACAGACUUUGCUCGAGUGGAGACAUGGAACGGUCAAAGCUCAUUAAAUUGGUGGACGACUGAUGACUGCAACAUGAUCAAUGGAACCAACGGGGCAUCCUUCCAUCCUGUCAUCACAAAGAACGAAAAGCUCUACAUGUUCUCCUCAGACCUAUGCAGGUCUCUCUAUGCUGUGUAUGAGGAAGAUGUGACAGUGAAAGGCAUCCCCGGGUACCGCUUCUCUCCCCCCAGCGAGGUGUUCGCCAACAAGACAGUGAACCCGGUCAACGCAGGCUUCUGCAUCCCCUCGGACAACUGCCUGGGCUCGGGCGUGCUCAAUGUGAGCGUGUGCAAACAAGGUGCCCCUGUUAUCAUGUCCUCACCGCACUUCUACCAGGGGGACGAGAGAUUUGUGCGAAGCGUGUUUGGCAUGAGGCCCAACAAGGAGGAUCACCAGACCGUCGUUGACAUCCACCCGCUGACUGGAACCAUCUUGCAAGCUGCCAAACGUCUCCAGAUCAACAUCUAUGUAGAGAAAAUCCCCACAUUCAACCAAACAGGGAACGUGAACAAGGUGAUCUUUCCCAUAGUUUACAUGAACGAGAGCGUCGUUAUCGAUGACGCAUCCGUGGAGGAGCUGGCUGCUGUGGUUUUUAAGCAGAACGUGGUAACAAACAUUCCCUUCAUGCUGAUCGGUGUCGCCAUCCUGCUGGGCGCAGUCUUCAUGCUUCUCGUUUGUCGGCAAAAGAUCCCUGAGAGUACAGCUGCUGAACGGCAGCCGCUACUUGCGUCAUAGCACCCCAAACAGGAAGUGACGUGUGGAGCAUCGCCGUGUUUCCUGCACUACUCAAGUAUCCAAUGGAUCUCCAAGUACAAGUUUUUAUUGUUUAAAAAAAAAAAUCCGGUCACCCUACUAAUAAUGAAUAUAUAACCUCACAGCAAUCUUGAAACUUAGAUAUGCUUUUUAAAAUGUGUCUAACUGCUGCACGUCGGUGGAGGCUGCGGUUCCUUUAAAGUUAUAUUUUUUGAGUGUUUAUGCUCUGGUGAAGUAUUUUUUGAUGGUUUAGCAAGACUGAACUAAGACAGUACGACAUAAAGGGAAUUUGAUUGGUUGAUUGGUUGUUUGAGCCCCUAAUUCUAACACUGUAUAUAAAAUGCUAUGCUAACCUUUCAAGGAGUUUUACCUGUCCCUUUUAACAACCACUACAAAUGCCGGAUCCCUUUACAGCUGUUCUUAUUAGGAACAUUUUAUCACAUUAUUCAAAGUAUCUUUUUAAAUGAGCCAUGAAACGAUACCACAGUAACAACACGAUGGCUGACAUUUUGCUAGUUUUUAUCCAGUUUCAGAUUGAAAAGAGAAAUGUGUUUACAAGCGGCUAACCUUUGUGAAAUUAACACUGUGCCUGUUGUUGUAUAAACAAAAAUUGCACCUUCGUGUCAUUUGGCAUAAAGGUUUAGGUAAUAAAACUCACUGUCUCACA